AUGUCCGUCACAGGAAUUGACAGGCAUGAACAGAGAAUGAAGUUGGUUAUGGAGAUUAAAGCUAUUCGAUUUGAAGAGUACGAUACCAUCCGCAAGUCAGAUUUGGAUUUCAUCGUCGAUGUUUGGAAAACUGCUUUACUUUCCGUUCCAACUGGCAAGCAUAACCGCUUCCAUCCAUGUGCAUCGAAUCGAUAUCAAACGAGAGUAAGGCAACUGAAAAUGCCAGCCUUGAGAACUUGGUACUUACCUAGAGGACAAGGAUUAGAAUUGUCGGAUACCGAUUUCAAUCGAGUUGAGACGAUGGUUACUUCGCGUGCACUCAAGGAAUGGGGUGUGUUUACCGGUCUCAUAGUUGUAAUGCAUUUCGCCUACUACAAAAUUCAAAAUAACCCUUCACUGGUUGCACCGGAACAGAGGGCCGAGCUGUUUUAUGUUAAAUGGCUGAAAGAGAAGAUCCCAGCUCUACGCCCGUAUGGGGUGACUGAAGAAAAGCGUCAUCCACCACCGGAGAAAGCUUGA